CUUUCGCUCGAGCCGGCGUCGUGUUCAGUCGCAACUGGUACUCGAUCGUGUGACAACGGAAUUGAAUUUGAAUCACUACGCUAGCUUUUAUGGAGUGCUUAUGCGCACGACGGACGGCUGCGCAUUGAGAACACGUUUUGAGACCCUUAAAACGGGCAUCGCCGGUGCUGACAGGGGACAGUAGGGCUUAUCAGCUGUGGUUGGGAGCAUCUGUUUGUCUAUUGGAACAGUGAGUCAAGAAUAAUACCGAAGAAACUAAGUAGUGUGAUACGGAUGCAGGUAGCAUUUUGAUAGUGCAACGAGGAGUUCUGUACAACUGGAAAAGAUAGUGAUAGUGAAGGGAUCUGAGCAUAAGAUGAAUCUUCAAGAAAAUGACACAAACGAGUUGUCUAGUGAAGUGAAGAAACAUAAGUCGGCUAUUUGAACUACUGAAGAGAGCGGUGUGGUGCUUGGCGCGAAACAGUUGGGGACUCAGUUAUGUCAUGUGUUUUGUAUAUCUCGUCGUUUUUUGCUUCAGUGCUCCUAUGAAACGUGAACAGUAGUGGAAGUGCGAAACCUGAAAGGUGAUUUUUUUGGUAUUGUUUUGUGUUGUGGCGACUGGUGGAUUCGAGUAACAUUGAGGUGAAUACGAAGAUAAUCCAAUCACGCAGUCAAGAUGCGGUCCGCUUGAACGACGAGUACGGGACAUAGCUUCAUGCUAUCAAGCACGGAUUCAUUCAACAGUUGCUGGUCAUCCUAGAUAGUUACAACGUACCAUCGCCAUGGGCAAAUCGGUUUACACAAUCAACGCGGACAGCCCCAGCGUGAAUGGGACGGCGACCAUGGAAGGCAAAAAUGGUCUCGUCAAAACGAUCGGCGGCGAAGAGCCCAAACCGGAAGCGGGAAAGUUCCGAACGAUCCUGCCGCAGAUUUUGGCCAGCACGGCGAAGAACUUCCUGCUGUUGGAUUUGGGCAUGGCAGUCGCUUUGCCCACCAUUGUCAUUCCAGCGUUGCGCGGUUUGAAGAACCGGGCUCCGGAUGAGUUUCUACACUUCACACCGGUGCAGGCCUCAUGGUUUGGAAGCAUAGCUUACAUCUGUCAGCCGGUAGGAAGUGUACUGUCCGGUAUAGUGUUGGAGCCGUUGGGGCGGAAACGUUCGAUGAUUUUAGUCAAUAUCCCUCACAUUAUUGCUUGGCUGAUGUUGUACCAAGCCGGAUCGUUGGAAGAGAUGUACAUAGCUGCUAUAUUGCUUGGACUUGGUGUUGGAUUCAUGGAAGCACCGAUCGUUACAUAUGUUGGGGAAAUUUGCCAACCAUCAAUACGAGGAAUCCUGACGUCCUGUGCCGGCGUGGCAGUGAUGCUGGGCUUUUUCGUCGUGUUUCUGUUGGGAACAGUCACCACGUGGCGAAUAACCGCAGCGAUAUGCGUUUCCGUCCCACUGGCCACGAUGAUCGCCAUCUGCUUCGUACCGGAAACUCCCAUGUGGCUGUUGUCCAAAAAUCGCAAGGAUGAUGCCCAAAAAUCGCUACAAUGGCUACGCGGAUGGGUCUCACCAACCGCGGUGGAAAAGGAGUUCCAGGAAAUGCAACGCUACAACAAAAAUGCCGCCCAGUGUACCCCUUGCCAAAAAUCUCAGAACUCCAAGUGUGAUCAUCCACCGCCGAGCGAAUGGAUGAAGCUAAAGGAGCUUAUGAGGAAACGAAAUCUACGGCCAUUCGCCUUAGUUAUGCUCCUGUUUGCGUUCGGUCAGCUGAGCGGCCUAACCGGAAUGCGACCUUAUUUGGUGCAGAUUUUCCAAGCCUACGGAGUGCCACUGGAUGCAAACUGGGCCACGGUAUCGACCGCCUUGUUGGGAUUAGCGGCAAACAUAGUCUGUAUGGUUAGCAUCAAGUUCGUCGGCAAACGUAGACUGGCUUUGUUCUCGUUCACCCUCACGUCGCUGUCGUGUCUCUCGUUAGCCGUAUAUGCCUUCAACGUAUUCCCACCGGGGUGGUCAUCAUCCGAUGCUCACGACAGCGUUAACACAGCUAACGGCUUGAACUAUUUGGCUAUGUUUCUGUUCUUUACUCUGGCUUUUGCCACUAGUGUUGGAGUACUGCCGGUGCCAUGGAUCCUACUGAGCGAGGUGUUUCCAUUCAAAAAUCGCAGCCUUGCAUGUGGAAUCACUGCUGCCCUAAAUUACGCCAUGACAUUCGUAACAACCAAAACCUAUUUCAACCUGGAAAAUUCCUUCUCUCUACCUGGAGUCAUUCUGUUCUACGGUAUCUGUGGAGCCAUUGGAGUUCUGUUUGUGUAUUUCUUCUUGCCAGAAACGGAGAAACGUACCCUGGAGGACAUCGAACUGUACUUCUCCGACAACAACAGGAAACUCACGGAUAUCCACAUCGAACGGUACCAUCGGGACAAAGAGGCUGCCAUUACGGACCAUUCCGAAUCGAAACAGAAGCAGGGCGUUGACAAUGCGGCUUACUCGGAGAGCGAAAAAUGAAUCUCUUAUCGUCUAACGUAUUAACUUAUUCUCUACUGAUACAAAUUUUAUAGAAACUAGUUUGUAAUUCUUGUUUUACCUAAGUUGCCAUAAGUGGAAUAAAAUGACAGAUUUCCAACAAACGUA